GUAGAACUCACUGUAAAGGACCUGGACAACAACAACACUCCUCCUCCUCGUGCAAAUGGUUAACUCCACUUUAUUUUUAUAGCGUGAAUGCUGUAGGUCGAACGCUCUUUUAAUAAAUCCAUGCAUUUGCUUUCAGCGUAGGACAGCGUAUCUGUUAAAACAAGUGUUAUAUAAUGAAUGCUGGAAAUACAAUUAAUGGGAAUUACUAGGACUUUUGCACAGCUUUUACCCGUUAUUUGUUCAAGAUCCGCUAAAGUUUCAGCAUUUAACACGACCAUGGCAAGACAAAUCCACGCGCGCAGAGUCGAAGGUGUGGAUAAAAAUGUUUGGGUUGAAUUCACACAACUUGCUGCAGAUUAUAAAGCUGUGAACCUUGGACAGGGAUUUCCUGAUUUCUCCCCUCCCAAGUUUGUCCAGGAGGCUUUUUGUGCAGCUGUGAUGGGAGGACCCCAAAUGCACCAAUACACUCGUGCCUUUGGUCACCCACAUCUUGUUAAAAGCCUGGCCACAUUUUUUACCAGGAUUGUGGGCCAUGAAAUCAAUCCUUUAGAUGACAUCCUUGUGACAGUUGGAGCUUAUCAAGCGCUGUUUUGUGCCUUUCAAUCACUGGUUGAUGAAGGGGACGAAGUCAUAAUUGUAGAACCUUUCUUUGACUGCUAUCAACCGAUGGUCCGGAUGGCUGGUGGAAAACCUGUGUAUGUACCUCUGAGACCUAGAAGUGAAGAUAAAAUGGUUUCAUCUAGUGCGGACUGGGUUCUUUCAACUGAAGAACUGGCGAGUAAAAUUAAUCCACGUACUAAAGCGAUCGUUAUUAAUACACCCAAUAAUCCGUUAGGCAAGGUAUAUAAGAGGGAAGAACUUCAAGAGAUUGCAGACCUGUGUAUCAAAAAUGAUCUUCUGUGUAUCAGUGAUGAGGUAUACGAGUGGCUAAUGUAUGAUGGAGCUAAACAUGUUAAGAUUGCUAGUCUUCCUGGUAUGUGGGAAAGAACCAUUACUGUUGGCAGUGCCGGGAAGACGUUCAGUGCUACUGGAUGGAAGGUUGGAUGGGCUAUUAGUUCAGAUCACAUUAUCAAACACAUGAAAAUACAGCAUCAAAACUCUGUGUAUCACUGUGCAACUGCUGCUCAGGAGGCUGUAGCUUGUGGAUUUGACAGAGAAUAUCAAGUAUUUGGGACUCCAGAGAGCUACUUUCAGCAGCUGCCCACAAUGCUGCAUCACAAGAGAAACAAGUUGGCCAUGUGCCUUGAAAGUGUGGGUUUGAAGCCUAUCAUGCCAGAGGGAGGUUAUUUUAUGAUAGUUGACAUCUCUACUCUUGGUGUAGACCUUAAAGAUCAAGACUCAAAAGAUGAAGAAUAUGAUUUUAAAUUUGCCAAAUGGUUAAUUCGGGAGAAGGGUUUGGCCACUAUCCCAGUGUCUGCAUUUUACAGCCCAGAGCACCAAAAAGACUUCAACAAAUAUAUUCGAUUUUGUUUUGUCAAGGAGGACUCAACCCUUGAUGCAGCAGAAGAUAUAUUGAGAAAGUGGAGUGCUACAAAGUAAAUGCUGUACACCUUUAUUUUAAAGUUGUGUUAUUGUGUUGUGUUUAGAUUUAAGAAAAUUACAUUGAAGAAGAAACAACUGUAGAUUAUUAUGUUUUUAAAUUUAAUGAAUAAAAUAUGUUUGGAAAUCUGAGCCACAGCUGAAUGAAGAAAGCUCUGUAAGAUCCCACAUUAACUAUAAAUUAAUAAUGUGAUGUUGACAGCUUUUGUCCUGAUAAAUUAAGUGGGAAUGUUUUUUUCAUUCAGUGUUACUUCUGUUGGUUAAUCUGGUCUUUUAUUGACCAAUGACUAUUCCAUUGUUUUAAUUUAAUCAACAGAAAGUUAGAAAAUCAGUGACUCAGCAAUUUAGUGAAGCCCAGCUCGGUGACUGCUGUUGUGGUUUUGGGCUCUACAAAAAUACAUUGAACUGAGGGCAGCUCAGGACCCCAGUCUGCCGUACAUCUCCAUCUCAAAACCACUAACCACUCCUUUGAAGACAGUGAGGUUCAGAUCUGAGCCAGAGAAAAGAAAUGGUUUGAGAGUGGAGUUAAAGAAGCAGUUUUUGUUUGGAAAGACAAUCCUUCCUUGAACAGGAAUGGAGGCUUUAGACGUUUAACUCCAUCCUAAGACCCACAGCAAACAAAGGAGACAAAGGGAACAAUAGAGCUAGCCAGUAGGCCCAUUAAGGCUGAAACUGUAGCUGUUUACAGUUUCAGUGUAGUUAGUAAUAGUUUCUGAUAGAUAUAAGGCAGUGUUCCCCAGUAAUCUGACCAGAAGAAGCGGCUUGGAUGAGCAGCAGAACGUCUUCACUUUUCAGUUGACAGAUUUAACUUUUGUUUUUACGAUUGAACUAAUCAAUACAAAAUGUUUGAUGAAAAGGCACAAAAAUUAAAGAGUUGUAUCAUGU